AUGGAGGAAUCGAAGCCGGACUGCUCGGGUUUGCUUUCGGUACACCAAUACCGGCAGCGUCUCUGGCAAGAUGACGAGAGCUGCAGUUCAGAUGGCCAUGGCGUGAAGGUGCUGCAGCACAACAACGGUGCUUCUAAUCCCAACCAGACGCCUUCUCUGUCAGCGACGUCAAGCCCGCCGCCUCUCUCGCCGUCAUAUUCGUUAAGUAUUGCAUCGCAACGCAGCGAACAGGAGCUGGAAGCUUUGGAUGGUUUUCUUUGUAAGUGGGACAAUACAUUUCGCGAUAGAUUAAGGAAACCAUCUCUUACCCGAGAGUCGUCACUCCGCAGCACCCAUACCAAGACGCAAUCAGAUUCGGUCCUCACGGACCUGAAACAGGCCAAGGCGACAAUGGUGCACCAGGGAACGUCCUUUGAGAUACUGAACCCGCAUGAAUCGCUUAACUUUGCCCGCAUCGUUUCUUAUAUCGAAGAUGUGGAUAUGGAUGACUUCUCGUGCGCUUCGUCAGAUUAUAAACGAGAGUCAUUCUUAUCUGCCAGCACCAUCAGCACAAGAGUCUUGAAAUCAGAAAGGGAGGUUGCGCCAUUGGAUGUGCCUGAUAAUGAGCCAGAGACAAACGGCAAUACUGGCAAUGAAGAGGUGCAGGUACAUUCAGAUCUGGUGGGCGAACCUCCUCAUACACCAAUGCCGUCAAUUUCGGAGCGCUUGGAGAGCAGUGAAGAUGGUGCAUCGACGCAUGGAUCCCGUUCCGAAACACCAGCAUCUAGCGACCUGGGUGAACCAGGGCCAUGCGAAGAGGAUGGUAUCGUCGUCAACGAACCAGGACAGGUCUCCAACGCACCGAAAGAAGUUCCUUCCAUCACAUUGGAGCAGGCUCCUUCGAAUGUGCCCAAGCAAAUGCCCAACAAGCCCGGACAAAAACCUCAGCCCCAGAAACGUUUCUACCCGGAUCCAUGGCCGUUGACCUGCAACAUAAUAACCACCCAAUCCCUCCAUAACACCCUCCCCCACAAAACAAUCCUUAUAACCGGCUGCUCCUCAGGCCUAGGCACCGAAACUGCCCGUGCCCUCGCCAAAACGGGCGCAACCCUCUUCCUCGGCGUCCGCGACAUGCUAAAAGGCAGACGCACACUAUCAGAUAUCCUCGACGGAUCACGGGUCCGCUUGCUACGCCUCGACCUCUCCAGCUUCACGAGUAUUCGCCAUGCAGUGCACGAGUUCCUGAAACAUGCUAGUUAUCUACAUGUCCUGAUAUGCAACGGGGCCGUCAUGGCGACCCCCCGCGAACAAAAGACAGAAGAUGGGUUUGAGAUGCAAUUCGGGACGAACCAUCUCGGCCACUUCCUUCUCUUCCAGCUACUACUGCCUGUCAUGCUGCGCUCCGUUGACCACGAAGCCGGCGAAGCAGUCCGCGUCAUCGGCGUAACUUCGUCAGCCCACCGCCGUCUUGGAAUCCAAUUCCACGACCUCAACCUCCAAUCCACGCACCUCGAUCCCACCGAGGUGCCCAAACUAGCAUACGCCCAGUCAAAGACAGCAAAUAUCUACAUGAUGAACGAGAUAUCACGACGUUUCGGGUCCCGCGGCGUGCAGGGUCUCUCCGUGCACCCGGGUAACGUCUUUACCGGCCUGCAGAAAUACAUCGAUGAAGCUGUUCUUGAGGAAUGGAGGCAGCCGGAGAUGAAGCAGCAUUUGAAGAGCGUGGAGCAGGGUGCUGCGACGACAGUGCUUGCUGCUGUUGGGCGGGAGUACGAGGGUGUGGGCGGGGAGUAUUUGGAGGAUUGUAGAGUUGGGGGGAUGGUGGAGGAGGGGUAUCGGAGUUUUGACCCGGGGUUUGAGAGACAUGCUUUUGAUGAGAUGGGGGAGGGGAGAUUGUGGGAGGUUUCGCUGGGGUUGGUUGGGCUGGAAGGGGAUCAGGCGUAG